AUGUCCUUCAACGAAAGUGCGUGCGAUAUCCACCUGUCCGCUCUGCGCGGCGGGACAGUCUUGAACGCAAUCUGCAACAACGACGAGGGCUCUGGCCUCACUACUGACUUUCUUCUGGAUCAGUGUUUGGGUAAUAAUGAUGGGCAUUUCGAAUGGGGCGGAACAGAUUUUAGCAAGAGUGCACGAAACGCAAGCAUUUCUGAAGGGCCAAAACGAAAACCAAUUCUUCAUGCGGAGCUUCUCAAUUCCUCCGGUGAUUACGUGUCUACUGAAAUUGAUCUUGCACCCCACAUCGCAAACAUCGAUGGAGAAUUAAAAUUUAUCGUCACGGAGGAUUGA